AUGGGAGUCUGCCUCUCCUGUCUGGGCCUGCGCGGUCACAACCAGGCUGAUGCUGACCGCCAACGCCUCCUCUACGAUGACUAUCCCUCGGCCCAACAUUACGGAACAUGGGGCGCCGGGCACACCAUCCCGCCCGAGAACCUCAUGUCCCCUGAAGAGAUCCAGCUCGAACAAAGCGCCUUGGACAACAUCUCGCGCGGGCUGAGUGAUCACAUUGUCGAGAUAUUCCCUCACAACCUGGGCGGCCGACCUCUCGGCGUGUCUGGCUCGCAGCUUGUGAACGGCAAUGGGGCCAGCCAUACCAUCAGCAGCGAUCAGAACGGCAGCACGGCGCAUGUAUCUUCGCAGCAUCACGAUAUCUUGCUGUCACUCAUCCCGGGCGACAAGUCGAAGCGCUCGAUACGGAUAUACCCUGCCUCGCGACCGACGUCGAAAAGUGGUCAGUCGUUGAGGAGUAAGAGUUCCAUCACUGGCGGGAUGAAUGGGACAAAUGGCAGGAAAAGGGAAGAUUCUUCGGUCCUGGUCACGCUGGACGUGAAUUUGCCCUGA